AUGGCUGUAGAUUUUUCUGCCGAAGAGGCGGCCACGCUCAAACGCUGGCGAGAAAUUGACGCCUUCCAGACUCAACUGCGCCUCUCAAAAUCGAACAAGCCCUACACCUUUUACGAUGGCCCCCCAUUUGCGACCGGCUUGCCUCACUACGGCCACUUGCUGGCCUCCACCAUAAAAGACAUCAUUCCGAGAUACUGGUCCAUGAAGGGCUACUACGUCGAGCGGAGAUUUGGCUGGGACACACAUGGCUUACCAAUCGAGUAUGAGAUUGACAAGAAAUUCAACAUCUCCGGACCGGCGGCGGUGAAAGAGAUGGGGAUUGCAAAAUACAAUGCGGAGUGCAAGGCCAUUGUCAUGAGAUAUGCGACCGAGUGGAGAGAGACCAUUGACCGGUUGGGAAGGUGGAUCGACUUUGACAACGACUACAAGACCAUGAAUCCCACUUUCAUGGAGUCAGUAUGGUGGGUUUUCAAGCAACUGUUCGACAAGGGCAUGGUCUAUCGCUCCUACAGAGUCAUGCCCUUCUCAACCGCGCUGAGCACGCCGCUAAGUCAACACGAAGCUCAAUCCAACUACAAGGAGGCACAAGACCCUGCAGUGGUCAUUGCGUUCCCGCUCCUUGAGGAUCCUGACACCAGCCUUCUCGCCUGGACCACCACGCCGUGGACCCUGCCAUCCAACAUCGGAUUGGCCGUCAAUGCCGAUUUCGAGUACAUCAAGUUCUUGGACCAAGACUCCGGUCAGAAAUUCAUCAUGCUAGAGAAGUUGCUGCGGACGCUGUACAAAGACCCCAAGAAAGCCAAGUUCAAGGUCCUAGAGAAGAUGAAGGGUUCAGACCUAAAAGGCAAACAAUAUCUCCCGCCGUUCGACUACUUCUACGAUGAAUUCAAGGACAGUGCUUUCAGAGUUCUCAAUGCCACUUAUGUCACGGAUGAUGAUGGUACCGGUGUUGUCCACCAAGCACCAGCUUUUGGUGAAGAGGAUUUCCGAGUAGCCAUGGAAAAUGGCAUCAUCAGCCACCAGCACCUCCCUCCCAACCCAGUCGACGAGACAGGCCACUUCACAAAAGAAGUAACAGACUUUGCGGGUCAGCAUGUAAAGGAAGCAGACAAGCAUAUCAUCAAGCAUCUGAAGGGCACCGGGCGUCUCAUCCGGGACAGUCAACUGACCCAUCAAUAUCCGUUCUGCUGGCGAUCAGACACACCCUUGAUCUACCGAGCUGUGUCCGGUUGGUUCGUCAACAUUGCCGGAAAUGACAAGGUGCCCAGCAUCAUUCCGGACAUGCUCGACGGCAUUAUGAAAUCCCACUGGGUUCCCAAUUUCGUCAAGGAGAAGCGAUUUGCGGAGUGGAUCAAGAACGCCCGUGACUGGAACAUCUCAAGAAAUCGGUAUUGGGGCACUCCGAUUCCGCUGUGGGCAAGUGAGGACUACUCAGAGGUCAUUGCAGUGGGCAGCAUAGAAGAACUAAAAAAGCUUAGCGGCUAUAAAGGUGAGAUCACAGACCUUCACCGGGACAGUGUGGACGACAUUACAAUUCCGAGCCAGAAAGGCAAUGGUUUGCUGCGCCGGGUCGAGGAGGUAUUCGACUGUUGGUUUGAGUCCGGAAGCAUGCCGUAUGCCUCUGCACAUUAUCCCUUUGAGAACUCGGAGUACUUUGAGAGGACAUUCCCUGGUGACUUCAUUGCGGAGGGUCUCGACCAGACUCGCGGGUGGUUCUAUACUCUGGUUAUCCUGGGCAUCCACUUGAAGAAGGUCCUGCCCUUUAAGAACUGUGUUGUCAACGGUAUUGUCCUCGCAGAGGAUGGCAAGAAGAUGUCUAAAAGACUCAAGAACUACCCGGACCCCAACACAGUCAUUGACAAGUAUGGUGCGGAUGCUCUGCGGUUGUACAUGAUCAACUCACCUGUCGUGCGAGCUGAGCCGCUGAGAUUCAAAGAAUCGGGUGUCAAAGAGGUUGUUGCAAAGGUCCUGUUACCUUUGUGGAACAGCUACAAAUUUUUUGAAGGUCAAGUGGAACUGCUGAAAAAGAUUGAGGGUGUUGACUACGUGUUCAAUCCGGAAAUGGACACAACCAACACCAACGUCAUGGACAGAUGGAUACUCGCCAGCUGUCAGAGUUUGCUCAAAUACAUUAACGAUGAAAUGGCGGCAUACCGACUAUACACUGUCGUGCCUGGCCUGCUGAGCUUGAUCGAUGAAACCACAAACUGGUACAUCAGAUUUAACCGAAAGAGAUUAAAGGGCGAACUGGGCGUGGAUGAUACUCUGCAUGCUUUGAAUACUCUGUUCGACGUCCUCUUUACGCUCGUCCGUGGACUCGCUCCAUUCACUCCAUUCAUCGCCGACCUCAUCUACACCAAACUGCUUCCAUACAUACCAAAAUCCCUUCAUAGUGAAGAUAUGCGAAGUGUUCAUUUCCUCGCCUUUCCCGAAGUCCGACAGGAAUUGUUCGAUCCGGUUGUGGAGCGACGUGUAGGACGGAUGCAGAAGGUCAUAGAACUCGCGAGGCAGUCACGGGAAAGAAGAACUAUCGGUCUGAAGACGCCGCUGAAGACGCUAGUGGUCAUCCACAAGGACCAGCAGUACCUCGACGAUGUCAAGUCACUUGAAGGGUAUAUCACGGAAGAACUCAAUGUGAGAGAUCUGGUUCUGUCGUCAGACGAAGAGAAAUACAACGUACAGUACAGCGUGACGGCGGACUGGCCUGUCCUCGGCAAGAAAUUGAAGAAAGAUAUGCAAAAGGUCAAGAAAGCACUUCCCGAUGUCACCAGCAAUGACUGCAAGACGUAUCUUUCAGAGGGCAAGCUUACGGUGGCUGGGAUAGAAUUGGUUGAAGGUGAUUUGGUGGUCAAACGCGCACUCAAGGAAGACGAAACGUCCAAAGACCAAGAAACAAACACUGAUAAUGAUGUCUUGACCAUCCUCGACGUGGCUAUCUACCCGGAAUUGGCACAGGAAGGUCUCGCCCGCGAGAUCGUCAACCGUGUCCAGCAGCUCCGAAAGAAAGCGAACCUGAAACCGACAGACGAUGUCAAGAUGGAAUACAAAGUCCAGCAAGACCCGGAUCACAUUGGGCUGGAAAAGGUCUUUCAGCAACAGAGCUCCUUUAUUGAGAAGGCGUUGAGACGGCCUGUGGAUCAGCAUGUUGUUACGGAGGUGGAGGGGCCGAUCGUGAAUGGGGACAAUGGCGGCGCAGAUUUGAUUGUGGAGGAGGUGCAGGAGGUGCAGAAGGCGACCUUUUUGUUGAGAUUGUUGAAGCUCUGA